CCCACGAUGUCUCCUGUCUUUGUUAUUGUAGGGCUCCGGAGGGGCGGUGUGGGGCGCGCGCCGGGAUGCGAGCGGACGGACUGACACGCUGCUAUCGACUGACAUCGACACGGAGAGAUACCGACAGACAAGCCGCGCGGAGGGACCAAGAGCUGAGGCCGCUGAUGCUCGUUCCCCAGCACUGGUGGUAGGAAUGUCGGUCAACCCGCCCAGCAGCAAUGACGCGUGCCUCAGCAUCGUCCACAGCCUGAUGUGCCACCGGCAGGGUGGCGAGAACGAGGGCUUUGCCAAGCGGGCCAUCGAGAGCCUCGUCAAGAAGCUGAAGGAGAAGAAGGAUGAGCUGGAUUCCCUGAUCACAGCCAUCACCACCAACGGGGUUCACCCCAGCAAGUGCGUCACCAUUCAGAGGACGCUGGAUGGGCGGCUGCAGGUGGCCGGCCGGAAAGGCUUUCCCCACGUGAUCUACGCCCGACUCUGGCGGUGGCCCGACCUGCAUAAAAACGAACUGAAGCACGUCAAGUUCUGCCAGUUCGCCUUCGACCUCAAGUGCGACAGCGUCUGUGUGAACCCCUACCACUACGAGCGAGUCGUCUCACCUGGCAUUGUCGGCCUCAGCCUCCAGAACACAGGCCCCUCCGGCAGGUUGAUCAAAGAGGAGUUCAUCCACGACUGCGUUCAGACGGACGCCGCACCGGGAAUGCCCCCCCAGCCUGACCAUCAUCUGCCUCCUCCCGAGCACUUUGGCCAGCCUCUUCCACCACUGCAGCUGCCCCCGGAGCCCCCCCACGCUCCCCCGUCAGGGUCGCUGUACCCGAGCAUGCCCCUUUCCCCCCCAGCCUCCAGUUCCAUGCUGCCCAUGCAGGGGGGACACAGAGAGGGCCUUCUGCAGGUUGCUCCCCUCCACGGCCCUGUGAUAGCCCCCACGCCGCCCCCCUCCACGCCCACUCUCGGACCCCACCAGCCUGUGCCCACUCCGAACAGUUACGGCUCCUCCAAACAAGUACACACUCAGAGCGCUUACCACGCCACCUGGACGGGAAACAGCACAGCCUCCUACACCCCCGUUGCUCCCCAUCAAAAUGGGCGGGGCCACCAGCAGCCUCCUCUUCACCGUCCCUCCCAUUACUGGUCCCAGCAUCACAACUCUUCCUCCUUCCCAGCUGUCUCAAGCCAUCCAGAGCUGCUGAAUCCCAUCCAGCAUUCAAGAAGGGUCUCAAAACUCAUCUCUGUCGAACUCAUUUCCCUCCCGAGCUCCUCAAACCUUCGUCCAGAGUUCUGGUGCUCCAUCUCCUAUUUCGAGAUGGACGUGCAGGUGGGGGAGAUGUUCAAGGUGCCUGCCAGCUGUCCGAUUGUGACGGUGGAUGGAUAUGUGGACCCCUCUGGUGGUGACCGCUUCUGCCUGGGCCAGCUUAGCAACGUGCACCGCACAGACGCCAGUGAGAGGGCCAGGUUGCACAUUGGGAAGGGAGUGCAGCUGGAGUGUCGCGGAGAAGGGGACGUAUGGAUGCGCUGCCUGAGUGAUCACGCCGUCUUCGUGCAGAGCUACUACCUGGACCGAGAGGCAGGACGCGCUCCUGGGGACGCUGUCCACAAGAUCUACCCCGGAGCCUACAUCAAGGUGUUUGACCUACGCCAGUGUCACAGGCAGAUGCAGCAGCAGGCAGCUACGGCGCAGGCAGCGGCGGCGGCUCAGGCGGCGGCCGUGGCGGGGAACAUCCCUGGGCCGGGCAGCGUGGGAGGCAUCGCCCCGGCGCUCAGUCUGUCAGUGGCGGCGGGGAUCGGGGUGGAUGACCUGCGGCGGCUCUGCAUCCUGCGGCUCAGUUUCGUCAAGGGCUGGGGGCCAGACUACCCUCGGCGGAGCAUCAAGCACACGCCUUGCUGGGUGGAGGUGCACCUGCACCGGGCGCUGCAGUUGCUGGACCAGGUGCUGCACACCAUGCCCCUGGGGGACGCCAGCCCCACCAACUGAAGCUGGACAGCAGUUGGGGCCAGCUGUGUGUCGUAGGCGUGCUCUCUAGCGCCUCCUCGUCCCCGUGCCCUGUCACUGCAAGGCUACAUUCCACUCUGCUCAGCCCCCACGCGACAGUCGCACCCUACCAGAAUAACGUCAGCACCUACAUGUGCCCAUACCACGGGUCAAUAUUCGAACAGAGCCAUGUGCUCGCUCACACAUUGACUGCCCCCUCCCUGCCAGGGACAGACAUUUAACAUUUAAAAUUAAUCAGGGAACCAAACCAGAAAUUAAGGACCAAACUGUGUCAACAUUCAUUCAUUCAUUCAUAAAUUCAUUAUCGGUAUGCAGGGUUCUGGUAGUCUGGAGCCUAUCAUGGAAGCAUAGGGCAAGAGGCAGGGUACCCUCUAGGUGGGGCAUCAGCCCAGGCAAUUUAGUACAGGUAAUUUAGAACCAUCUAUUUAUGUUCAUGUCUUUGGACUGUGGGAGGAAACCAGAGCAUCCAGAGGAGAACAUGAGGAAAACAAGUGAACUGUGUCUGAGCUGGAUUCAAACCCACAUCCAGAUGCGAGACAUAAGACGCGUGAGCUACCUGCUUCGCCGCUGCGUCAGCGCACUGUGAUAAAACAAUUUAGUCCGUCACGAGCCGCAGAUCACAGCGUCCGCCGCUCCUCCUCGUUUCCGCACAUAGUCAUUCUCAGGACAGGAGGAGUGAGCUAUACAUGGCUUUGUGGAGAAACCGGAACCGAACCCUGUGAUAAUGCUGGCCCAGUGCGACCAGGGACAAGAGCAAACAUGAGCCACACAUUGAUACCUGUUCUAUUUGCGCGUUCCCCCACACGUGUCGUGUGCACGCGUGUCUUGCCCCACACCUGAAUGUGCAAGGGGAGGGCGGGCGUAGCCCUCAUGCGUUUGUCUCUCCUACCAAAAACUGAGUUCCUACCAAAACUCCGGGCUGAUGUCAGUGACCUGCAGUGGCGCGCUGUGCGCCGUGCCGCUGCCAAAUAAUUUCUCCCACCAAACCGCGGUACCUCAAACGGUCAAGAGUCGCCACUGUGUCAGCCAGAACCUGAGCAUCCCGACUCUGUCCCGUCCUCGGUGUUCCUCCCCGUUCGGCCCGUCCGGAAACCUCCUAGUCCUGCUCCACGCAGUUAAUCUCAGUUCUUCGGUUCUUUCCUUCACUUCUUCGUGUAGAAGCGCUGCACCAGGGUUCCCCUGGAGGAGGAGGAGGCUGGAGGUGCAGGAGUGCCGGAAGGUGCGAGCUCCCUGUCCUCGCACCGAGGGAUAGAGGCUGUGGACGACCGGCCAAAGGGUUAUUUCCUCGUUUCAGUCACGCAUUUUUGUGCCUUUUCCACGUAGCUAUUAAAAAAUAUCACUUGGUUCUCUGAUUCCAAUAUGUCUGGUGACCAAAAACUCCUUACCAAGCUUUAAAUGUUCUUUAUUCCUUACCCACUGCCAGCGCGAGUGUCAGCACGAACCAGUGCCCCAGAAGGAAGAGGUUAUAGGAGUCACGUGAGUCAUAUGGGUUGGCUUUGGAUACAGAAGAUUAAUCAGUCAGUGAUCAGAUGAUUUUCCUACGUAAAACUAGGCGCGAGUGGGAAAGGCUCUCGCUAAUGUUAACUCCAUCACGAAAGCUUCAUGGUAAAAUUUCCCCACCCUUGUCUUCCCCCUGUGUUAAUCCUUUUAGAGAUGUCACGUUGGCUUCUAAUUCCCGCAAAAAUGCUCAUGCAAACAGGUGGAAAGCAGUGGUGGGAACUGGAGGUGGACCAUAGUGAAUAUAGAUCGACAGCCAUUGGUGGGAAUCAUGAAGGCGGGCAACAGGUGUGUAAAGAAGCGUACGCCUCUAAAGUGAGGGUCACAGUGGUCCAGAGUCUAUCCUGGAAGCACAGGGAUCUGGGCCAGGCAGGGGGCAUCCCAGAUGGGACACUAGUCCGUUACAAGAAAACCGACAGUUCAGUCACCGGUUCACCUGUCUUUGGACUGUGGAAGGAAGCACAUGAACAUGAGAAGAACAGACCAACACCCAAUGACACAGUGCAGGUGCUUCAAGAGAUCGGCUGUACCCGCUGUGCCACCAUGCCACCUAACACUCAGUACUGGGGUUUAUCUUGCCUUAUCGUCAACGAGAUAUUUAAUUUUGGUCUGGGGUAAGACCGUAGUAAAUAAGACAAACAUGGCGAUACACGCUGACAAUGAACCAGGUCUUUCACUCUCGUCGCUGGAAGCAGGCUGGUAAAAAUGAACUGUAGUUUUUUCGCUCUGCCGUUACAUUCAAAUAUUUUAUUUCAGCCAUUGUCUGUAAGGAGCUCUUCGAAAAUAUUAGAGGGAUGACACCGUGAUCAGAUCGAGUUCUUACACCCGCACUGGGUGACGGAUCAUACCUGUGUGGAUGAAUACAAAGGGAAUGAGGCUGUUCCCCCACCUGCUGCCCAUGUGCUCAGUAAAAAGCAGUGUAACAGUACGAUGAGGAUGUGUUAAAAUGCAGUACUGCUGUAGUAGGAGAAGAGUAAAGAUGCUUGAUACUGCGGUACUAUGGUGAUGGUGAUGUUUUUCUAGAAGAAUCUCUGCCUUAUAGACCCGUGGGAUACGCACUGGAACCAGGCUGAAAGAGCGUGCAUGGAUGAUGACCAGGAGAACACUGAAUAUAAUGCUCAAUCCCUAUAGAGUACAGUGCACUGUAAAGGUCAUCGCUAUACUACGGUAAAGCCAUCAUCUGUUUAUCAUGACCAGUAAUGGAAGUGUGUGUCUGGGGUCAAGUGCUUGAAAGCUGUUCAUGCUGCAUCCAGUGCUCUUCUGUGUUAUGUUGAAGAAUAAAUGUUGUGCUGUGUGGUAUUGACAUGAAUGAAUGUGAACCCUGUAAUGUCCAUACCGGCUGGGUUCUGCCUUUUAUACGUCAUCGACGAUGUACAAAUACCACUAUGAGACAACACCUGAGAG